AUGGCAGGACCAGGAAGGGCGUGCAGCCAUGUCAUCAAGACUGCUACCUUUGCCGCUCAUCAACAAACCAGGGCAGCAUCCACUAAGACCCUCUCGACCGCAGCUACAUCACACCAUCGCCUUCAGGUACAGUCUACGAAAGUGACAACAGCACCCCGGAAUCAGCUUCUCGCCAACACUACUCAAAGAGGAUAUCACCUGCUGUCGACCCCUCGGUCCAUCGGAACCCAAGCCUCGGCUAUCUCCAGCAGAGCUAUCAUCUCGAUCACAGACGCCCGGCGGUUCAUGUCUGUAGUCUCGACGGAAUCGGAGGAAUCGGAGGAUUCGGAGGAUUCGGAGGAUUCGAGCAAUGGACCCAUGCCAGUGUAUAAUGAUCUAAUUGCACAGGGAUCGCUGAAGGAGGACGACUUCCAGAGGACGAUUAUCGAGACGUUACAGGAAAUGCAUGAUCGCCUCAAGGACUACAAGCCCGCACCUCUCUCGCACGAAAAGAAGCCCGAGCCCGAGCGUGGACUGUUUGCUAAGAUGUCGAGCAUGUUCAACAAGAAGGAGGAAGAGCGUCUGGCCAAGGAGGCAGAAGAGGCCAGGAUUGCAGCGAUCCCCAAGGGAUUAUACCUGUACGGAAGCGUCGGAACCGGAAAGACUAUGUUGAUGGAUCUCUUUUAUAACACCCUGGGACGUUCCGACAAGAAGCGUAUCCACUUUCACAACUUUAUGCUCCAGCUCCAUGGACGACUCCACCAACUCAAAACGACGACACAUCAACACCAGGAUCCGAUGCCUUUCCUCGCAGACUCCUUGGCAGCGGAAAGCAGAGUCCUUUGUCUGGACGAGUUUCAGGUCACGGAUAUCGCAGACGCCAUGUUGCUGAGACGACUUUUGGAGGAGCUGGUUAUCAACCGUGGUGUUGUUCUGGUCACGACGUCGAACCGUCAUCCUACAGAGUUGUACAAGAACGGUAUUCAGCGCGAAAGUUUCUUGCCUGGAAUUGCGGUCCUCGAGAACCAUUGUGUGGUCAAGUGUCUGGAUGGCGGAAUUGAUUACCGUAGGGAGAAGAAGACCUUCUUCCAGUCUGCCAAGCCAACAGACAGGAGUAAACACGUUGCAUCGGCGACUGGAUCUACACUUCCCAAGGUCGUCUCCGCAUCAGCAAAGACACCAACAGGAGCGACAACAUUGGUGGAAGAGAAGCGAUUCUUCUGGCCAUUGUCAAAUGACACGGGCAAGGAAGUGGAUGAGUACUUUGCGACGAUUCGUAACGGACACGCGGUUCAGGAGAGACACCUGAGUUUCUUGGGACGUGAGUUGGUCCUCCCCCAGACUGCCGGAAAUAUUGCCAAGUGCUCCUUUGACGAUCUCUGCGCCAAGUCGUUGAGCGCUGCGGAUUAUCUUCACUUGGCAGAGAACAUCAACACAUUGAUCUUGACCGACAUUCCAAAACUCAAGCCAACAACCCUGCACAGGAAUGAAACCCGUCGCCUGAUCACCUUAAUCGAUGCCCUGUACGAAUGUCAAGUCAAACUCGUCUGCUCAGCAGACGGACCCAUCUCUGAAAUCUUUGGCGGCGGCUCUGGAGCCCACUCGACAGACGAGGACCCCUCGACUAUGGGAGAAUUGACUCCGGCACAGAGACAGAUGAUGGAUGAUUUGGGAUUGAACGAUGUCUCGCAGGUCAAGAAGAGUCCCAUCUUUUCGGGCGAGGAAGAGAAGUUUGCAGUGCAACGUGCUGAGAGUCGUCUUAUUGAAAUGCAGGGUCCUGGAUGGGGUCUCUAG